AUGGCCGCUACAGGGGACACCACCGACCCUCAGAACGGCUACGAUAAACUUCUGGGUCAUAUUAGCUGUGAGCGAAAUCAGCAGGACAUUGACGAUUUUGUCGGUUAUGUUCAACUUUCCGGCAUUACCAACAUUCAGCUCGUUGUCAGUGUCGUUGACCCAGCUCUCGUCGACGAGAGUCUACGGGAUGCCCAGACCGCACUUAACAACUAUGCGGUCUCGCAAGCACAGUCUCUCGUUCCCAAUGACCUGAACAACGUCAUCAAAGUCAUCAGAACCGACCCUCUCGAUGCGCCCAUUCCCAAGGGGACCGUCAAGAUCCAGUACAACCGUCAGAUCGAAGCCGAGGGCACUGUUGUAUGGUCCUCGCGUAAUCCAACGCCGCCAUCUGGCUGUCUGAACCAGGCAGACCCAGACAACGGCAUCGGCAACUACUGCUAUUGCCCGGAUGGAACUUGCUGGUUGAACCUGCCUGGUGGUGAUCAACCAUGUGAUCCCCCAUUGGAUGUCCCAAUCACGUGUGGCCAGCCCUAA